AUGGCGCUGCCCGGCUCCUCACAAGCCCAGACUUGGAGCGUGGAGCCUCCGGCUCCCACAGCCUCUUUGCCCUUGGGACCUCAGGAGCAGGAGGGUGCCGGGAGCCCCGGAGCGUCUGGAGGAGCGUCUGCAGGGCUUCCGCAGGAGAAGGUGAAGCGGCCCAUGAACGCCUUCAUGGUGUGGAGCUCUAUUCAACGCCGCCAGAUGGCGCAGCAGAACCCCAAGCUGCACAACUCUGAGAUCUCCAAGCGCCUGGGAGCGCAGUGGAAGCUGCUGGGCGACGAGGAGAAGCGUCCCUUCGUGGAGGAGGCCAAGCGUCUCCGAGCCCGCCACCUACGCGACUACCCCGACUACAAGUACCGGCCUCGGCGCAAGAGCAAGAACUCGGGCACCGGCUCUGUCCACUUCAGCCAGGGAGGAGGUGGCCUGGCCUGUGGUGGCCCGCACUGGGGACCGGGGUACACAACUACCCAAGGGAGCAGAGGCUUUGGGUACCAGCCCCCCAACUAUUCGACAGCCUACCUGCCUGGCAGUUACGCCUCUUCCCAUUGCAGCCCGGAGGCCCCCUCGCCGUGCUCCCUCCCUCAGAGUGCUCCUAGGCUCCAAGGGGAGCUAAUGCCCUCUUUUCCCACCUACCUAUCCCCAGGCUCUACCACUCCAUACAGUACUUCCCUUGCUGGUGCCCCAUGUCUGUAACCCACCUUUAACUGGCAGAGACGUUCAGGGCCAACUCCACAGACCCACCCCUCCCAGUUCAGAGGCCUACAAGUCUCUCUAGGAACCAGACGCACAAAAGCA